CAUCGAUAUAUCGACGCUACUAUCGAUUGCUUGGUAAUUUUUUCCAUCCCCAAGCCGCAUGAAAGUUGAUGAAAAAAUAUUUAGAAAUUCGCGUUUGCUGUUGAAAAAAAAGAUUAUUGUAUUUAUUUAGUCAAGCUGGAGUCAAAAAUGGCACGCAAGAAUGCUCAGGCAGAGGAUCUCUCCAACGUAGAGUUCGAGACGAGCGAAGAUGUCGAGGUAAUACCCACCUUCAAUGCCAUGAACCUCAAGGAGGAACUUCUACGCGGCAUUUACGCGUACGGUUUCGAGAAGCCAUCAGCGAUACAACAGCGCAGCAUUAAACCAAUUGUCAAGGGACGCGAUGUGAUUGCCCAGGCACAAUCCGGAACGGGCAAGACGGCGACCUUCUCCAUUUCCAUCCUGCAGAGCUUGGACACAACGCUGCGAGAGACGCAAGUUCUCUGCCUGUCGCCCACACGCGAGUUGGCUGUCCAAAUCCAGAAGGUCAUUCUGGCGCUGGGCGACAUGAUGAAUGUGCAAUGUCAUGUGUGCAUUGGCGGCACAAAUCUGGGCGAGGAUAUACGCAAACUGGACUAUGGCCAGCAUAUUGUGAGCGGCACACCUGGCCGAGUUUUCGACAUGAUCAAGCGACGUGUUCUGCGCACAAGAGCCAUUAAAAUGCUGGUGCUUGAUGAGGCUGAUGAGAUGUUGAACAAGGGUUUCAAGGAACAAAUCUAUGAUGUUUACCGAUAUUUGCCGCCCGCAACGCAAGUUGUGCUGAUUUCUGCCACAUUGCCGCAUGAGAUACUGGAAAUGACAUCGAAAUUCAUGACGGAUCCCAUACGAAUUUUGGUCAAACGUGAUGAGUUGACACUGGAAGGCAUCAAGCAGUUUUUCGUGGCCGUUGAACGCGAGGAGUGGAAGUUUGAUACGUUAUGCGAUCUCUAUGACACACUGACCAUCACACAGGCGGUUAUUUUCUGUAACACCAAGCGCAAGGUUGACUGGCUGACUGAGAAAAUGCGAGAGGCCAACUUUACGGUCAGCUCCAUGCACGGUGACAUGCCGCAAAAGGAGCGUGACGAAAUCAUGAAGGAGUUCCGCGCUGGCCAGUCCCGUGUCCUCAUCACCACGGAUGUGUGGGCGCGCGGCAUCGAUGUGCAGCAGGUAUCGUUGGUCAUCAACUACGAUUUGCCCAACAAUCGUGAGCUUUAUAUUCAUCGCAUUGGUCGCUCGGGUCGUUUUGGACGCAAGGGUGUCGCCAUCAACUUUGUCAAAUCCGAUGAUAUUCGCAUUUUGCGUGAUAUUGAACAAUACUAUUCGACGCAGAUCGACGAGAUGCCCAUGAAUGUGGCUGAUUUAAUCUAAUCCUUUUUAUUGCAAACUAAUCCUAGUUUAUUUUUACAUAUAACAUGUACAACCGUAAUCCGCUUUUCUUAGCAGUAGCGAACACUACUUGUAAACAAAUGAAAUUAAUUAAUAACAUGAAAAGUAGUUGACUUUCAACACACGCAAA